AGCUACACGUGGGCUCAAGUUUGGAAACUUUCCGCCUGGGCCAUGGACACGCCAAGGCGCAGCCGGCGGUUGGAAGGUAGAAAGCCUGAAUCCCCCCAGAGCUCCACCUCCGCUUUGCGGGCGCGACGGGCCCUGGUGGAUUUCGAAGAGAAAACGAAGGAGCCCGGGUCCCCACAGAGUCCUUCCAGGGAGCCGAGCCAGGGAUCCCCGCUACGUCAGGCAGAAGCAAUCCCAGGAUCACCCAAUUUCCGUCAGAAUGUGGGACUGGGGUCUCCCCGAAGGCAGCCAGAGCCUGGCCCCGAGUCCCCGCAGCGUCAGCAAGAUCCAAGCGUGGGGUCACCCCGAAGACAAUCAGAAUCGAGCCCUAAGUCACCCCUCCGUCAGCCAAAGCCAAGUGAGAAGUCCCCGGAGUUAACCAAGAGUAAGGGCGAGCCGGGUCCGGGGUCCCCCCAAUGUCAGCCAGAGCCUGACGCGACCGCACCCAAGUCCUUCGAGAACCAGGCUGGACCCGACUCGGAGUUGGCCCAGAGUAAAGAGGAGCUGAUCCCGGGGUCUCCCCGACAUCACUUGCAACCCGGCCCAGGGUCACCAGAGCCGCCUCCUGGCCAGCAAGCGACAGGUCCGGAGCCCUCGCAGCCACUGCAGGAGCUGACACCCCAGUUACCCGAGUCCCCCCGGUGUCAGCACGAGCCCGGCAAGCCAAUCCCAGCUGGGGAGACCUUGCCAGGGAGUGUCGGAGCAAAGAAACGAAGAGGUCCUGUAACCCAGGCCCCAGCGUCCAAAAGGCAGAAGAAGGAGGCGGAGAAGAUCCCGAUGAUUCCGAAGGGGAAGCCCAAGUCCGGGCGGGUGUGGAAGGAUCGCACCAAGAAGAGGUUCUCCCAGAUGGUGCAGGACAAGCCCCUGCGCACGUCCUGGCAGCGGAAGAUGAAGGAGCGGCAGGAGAGGAAGCUGACCAAGGACUUUGCCCGGCACCUGGAGGAGGAGAAGGAGAAGCGGCGGCAGGAGAAGAAGCAGCGCCGUGCCGAGAACCUGAGGCGGCGCCUGGAGAACGAGCGGAAGGCGGAGGUGGUCCAAGUGAUCCGAAACCCGGCCAAGCUCAAGCGGGCAAAGAAGAAGCAACUCCGAACCAUUGCGAAGCGGGACACACUGGCCCUGCUGCAGAAGCAACCACCCCAGCGGCCAGGGCCCAGAGCUGACCUCGGGAUGGCCUGAGAUCCGCCAUGGGCAGCCACCCUGAGGCCACCGGCAUGGCACCCUGUGAUUCCAGAACAGCAGCCGAACCCGCCAUGGGGCACCUGUGCCCUUCCAGCCAGCGGGCAUGUCUUUGGGGAGGGCAACCCAGAGGGGGUCUGGUAGAGGGAAGGUUCAGACCCGCACCCCUCCCCCGUGACCCCACCACCACCAUCCUGGCCCUUCU